AUGCAGUCGAAAGUCACCUGGAUAACAGAUGGUAAUACAAAUGGAGUAGCUAUCUCUCCAGAUGGAAAAUCGCUGUACAUUCCGGAUGCAGGUAUCUCCAAGUUCCGACCUUCGAACAAGAACCCCUACGGCAAACGAAUGUUUUGGGCAUUCGACAUGUCCGGAUCAGGAACAUUACUCACCAACCAGCACAUGUUGGGGAUUCUAUUGACGUAUUACUAUGAUGGGAUCCGCGCAUCAAGGGUAGGCUGGCUAUUUGCAAGUUCCGGUGAUGGAGUGGAUGUGAUUGAUCCGGAGACUGGGUUUGUGCUGGGGAGUGUUCGGGUUGGAAGGGGAUCAAAAGUGGCAGUGAGUCUGGCAUUUAGGGAGCAUGAGAUGUGGAUUGUUGGUAACGGCGGAGUUCGGCAUGUGAAGAAUAUCAAGGCUCGGUUGAAGCGGGAUUGGUAG